GGCUGACUCGGCUCCAUCGAAAAUUAUCUACCUUCAAGUUGAGCUUCACUCUUCGGCAACGCUCGUUUUAGAUGCAAGGCCGCCCAUAAGUGUCUGCCUCCGGCCUCGAUUUCCAUAAUGGCGGCCCGGAGCGUGUCUCCCGGGGCUGCGCUCCUGAGAUCAUCUCGUAUGUUCUCAAUACCGAACCCGAUACCUGCCUCACCUGGUGAUUAUUCUUCAGCAACAAAACACCACUCAGCGACUGCGACAAUUCCUUACCCGACUCAUUUGGCCAUCACGACACCAUCGACCUCUCGAAUCAAUGGCGACUGGGGCUUUAAGAGGCCAUUGCCUCUAAAGACAACUACAAAGCAAACCGUUCCUCUCGUGCGUGUGCGGCAGAUGGACUCUACUGAGCACAUCACCGACUUCCAAUCUGCAUCAGACCAUGCCAUGACUCUCAAGAAAUUCCAAGAACUCAAUAUGUCUAUUUCCAUGCCAGCAGCGCGAACAAAUGGUUUCUCUGACAAGGGUAUCAUCGCUCGUCUCCCUACAUCAGUAUUUGAAGAGGACGGAGAUAUCACAGCGAUAGGGCCUGAGCAAGCACAAGCCACCGAGAGCAACCGAUGGAAGUUCAAGGGCCCUUGGCUUGCUGGCAUGACCGAUGGAGAGUUUGGCAAGUGGCUAGAUAAGAGCGUGCGACCUCGACGAGCUGAAUUCCGUGCCUUCUUGAAAGGAGUUUACGCCGAGGAGCUUACCAAAGACCAAAGGAAACAGGCUACACUAGAUAGUUUGCCUGUUCCACCAGAGGUCAAGGCCAGUGACAUCACGGAGCCCCAAUUCAUUGACUUCUUAAGGGAUAUUCGCCAGGAUCGCUUGCUCCUGUAUCGACAUGUCGGUCGAUUCCUCGACCUUGCCCCCCUGGCUACUGAGUCGAAAUACAUCCCCAAUAUGAAACCCCUCCGCCCUCAAGAUUUCGACAGAGAGAAUCCAUACAGCACGAACGGGCCACCGAUCACACAUCCUUCUGCUGGUCUAUCAUAUUUACGAACACCCAAUUUCAUGGACAAUCAUCCCAUUUACGGGCCUCAAAAAUAUCACCCUGUGGUCAAAGCUCGGGUCCUAAAGCCUGCGUAUGUUUCUUCUGGUUCGCAUGAGCCGGCCAUUGGUGUCGCGGGUUUUGUCGCCGAACGCGCUUCUGACCAAAAACUUUUUGGAAGAGCGAUUACGAAUCCAAGAGCGCAAUCAACUUCAAACCUCGAGCUUGACGGCCGUGGUGGCCACAAGCUUUACUACCAGGUCGAUUCAGCCACCAUUGAUUCCAGCGGAAAAGUUUGUAUCAGCGUCUCAGACCCACCCCAAAAUUCAAUGUCUGAGUUAGUGACAAAAGAAUUAGUGGGCGAGGACGGCAUGGAAGGUGACGUGUACACGGAUGCAAUGAAGGAUGACUCGACAGAAAUAUCUCGAAACCUAAGAUCUAACAAUGCCCAUAGGAAGAGACCCAUUUUUGGAAAUAGGCAAAGCUACGGACUUGGUAACACCAAUCAAUAAAGUUAAUUGACUGUCAACUAGGUGUACUUUUUAGUCUCUCAGGAUGGUUAAUGGGUUGGUAUACUCUGGCGCCCAUGAAUUUACGUGUAGAAUUGAAUGUGUAACAUAGGAAUUGCUUCUAUAUGUCUGUAAAUGACUGGAAAUACCUAAAUUAUUUCACCAUU